UACGAUCUGUCAUCAUCCACCAUACAAUGCAAAAGGGGAAGUUGGAGGAAGUGGGAAGUGACUAGGGUACAAGCUUGAUGAGAUCUUUCGCCCUUUGAAAACGUUGGAGUGCUGAAAAAAUUCUGUUGGAAAUCCAUUCAACUACUAAGCUAGCUAACGUCGUUAGCUAAUUUUCUCGGGCAAGUUGUUAGAGUGACCAAGCAGUACUUCUGCAUCCAGAGAAAGACACUGGGGUGUUGGACAUGGCUAGUAGGGGUGGUGCAACACGACCUAAUGGGCCGAACCCAGGAAACAAGAUAUGCCAGUUCAAACUAGUACUGUUAGGGGAGUCUGCUGUUGGAAAGUCCAGUCUUGUACUCCGCUUUGUCAAGGGCCAGUUUCAUGAAUUCCAAGAGAGCACAAUAGGAGCUGCCUUCCUGACUCAGACAGUAUGUUUGGAUGACACAACAGUCAAGUUUGAGAUCUGGGACACAGCUGGUCAGGAGCGUUAUCACAGCCUGGCGCCCAUGUAUUACAGAGGUGCCCAAGCCGCUAUAGUGGUCUACGACAUCACUAACGAAGAGUCCUUUGCAAGAGCAAAGAACUGGGUUAAGGAGCUUCAGAGACAAGCCAGUCCAAAUAUUGUAAUAGCGUUGGCUGGGAACAAGGCUGACCUUGCAAGCAAAAGAGCAUUGGACUUUCAGGAUGCACAAUCAUACGCCGAUGACAACAGUUUACUGUUCAUGGAAACAUCAGCAAAGACCUCUAUGAAUGUUAACGAGAUAUUCAUGGCUAUUGCAAAGAAAUUACCCAAGAACGAGCCUCAAGCCGCCGGAGCAAACAGCGGUCGGAACCAGGGAGUGGACCUGACGGAGACAGCCCAGCCCACCAGCCGCCCCUGCUGCAGCACCUAGCCCCCUGUCCCCCCUUCCUGUCUCAACUUCCAUAACUUCUCCUAACUCUGAAUAACACCUAGGAAUGGGGUUCCCUCACCUGACAUCAGACCUUCCACCUCUUGUCUUCUCUCCUCGGAAUAGCUAAAGACUGUAUAGCUGCAUUUCUAAUACCUUUGUUUUUUUACUUUCAUUUUUUUAAGUGUAAGUCAGUAUAAUGGAUGCAUGUAUCACUACAAGGCCUAAAACACACAUCUUUAACUUAAUUGAGUUGGAAGACUAACCCCUAAGAGACAGGAAGCAGCCGGUGCGUGUUGAGGGUGUAACCUGGCUCCCCAGGUCACAUGGUAAGUGUCCUGAGGGGGACAUAAGGUUGUCUUUGAUUUGCCUCCUGUACAUUUAUUUGUGAGUUGAGUUUCUUUCUAAACAAAACAAAUUCCCCUUUUGUAAGAUGCCUAUAGGUUAUGACUUUGUUCUGAGGCAUUGAAGCCGUGUCAGACAAAAACUGUCAAACCAAGCAUUCCUUCUUGCACCAGCUGCUGGGACGUCUUCAUCUGACCUGCAGUUUGGCAAGAACAUCCAGCACCAGCAUUCAAUUGCUGGUUCACUUCAACCGACUGAACAGGAUGUAUGUGUGGUGUUUGGACAACUGCCGAUUCAGCAGUUCAUCAUGGAUAGGCCCUCUUCAGAACAUUCUCAAACUGGUUGAUGAAUUGGUUAGCAAUGUAAUCAACACAACAGAGAGUUGGACAUGCUCAAAUAUGCUUUGUAAAUUGUAUUGCUAAGACCCUUCUCUGUAUGACUGUUAGUCAUUUGUUUCCCCGCACUGUGUUAUUGUUGAGCUAUCAAUCUGUCAGAAUUAAUGGUGAGUGAUGUUAAAAAGUAGACAGAUAAGCACCAACAUAAGUCUUGACUUUUAUCUAUUAUCACAUUCUGUGGAAUUUUGCUCUACUGUUUAUUCCGGACCCCUUUAACUAUUGCUUUAGCAAAAUACUCUUCCUGAGUUCCACUACUUUUAUAGGGUAUUGCAAUGUUGUCUUCUUCCAAUACAGCUGGAAGGGCAUCAUUAAGUUAGGAAAGUACCUAGAGAUUUUGAACAAAUGUACAGUCCACCCGUGUUGGUCUAGGUUUGUUAUGGUUUUGUUACCUUUUCACAAACUGGUCAAACGCUAAUCAGUGAUGGUCUUUUUAAAUGUAUGUAGUGUUAUUAACGAAUCAAUAGUUUCUCCCCUGUGUCUUGUUACUUUUCUCAGAAUGGUCUGUUCAUAGUGACAGGACUUUUGCAUUGCACACUUCUUGGUUAUCUAUUUUAGUUAAUAACUGCCCAUUACAUUGUAUAAAACAGUGAUAGACUGUAUUGGACUUGCUAACCUAGCGCUACAAACCACAGGUAGCGGAACUAACUGGUAGUUGUUAUGACAGCCAGUUGGAUUUAACAAUGGAAAACAUGACUUUGGAAGGUCUUAUACAUUUGAGUGUAUGGGUAAAAGUCAAUAAAUCCAAUAAAUAAUGUA